UAGAACAGUUCAGGUUGUGGCAGCAGUGCCCGGAGUGCGCCUAACCGCGGAAUUGUUGCCAUAUUCUGGAGAAUCGGUCCGUUUUCUCGGAGAAAAAUAAUAAUAAUAAUAAUAAAUAUAAAAAUACUUGGAACGGAUCUCACGUCCAUUGAUACAUCUUCAGCACCCAACUAAAAAAUAAUCUGAUAAUCCCCAGACUCCCAAACUGGAACAGACCGGGACCGUUGGGACUUCUAGGACAUUUUCUGAUUACUACUGCGCAAAAAAAGUACAGAAGAAUCGUAUUAUACAUACUUGUAUUGUGGAGCAAACGGAUCGGAUGCAUUAAACGCCCCGUUAUCCAGGGCACUAUACACUUCUGUUUCGAGGGGGUUGAGCAGCCGCACUGGAUUCAACGCUUGGGAUGCGGGAUCCCUGAACUUAUCUGCUUCUUAUGCGCCUCGUCGAGCGGACUUUUCAUCUGCAGAAUCAGUGAGAGUCGAUGCGCAUUUUAUAGUCGGGCUUUGGAUUUGAUCUAGAUUGCUGGCUGUAAACUCUCCUGCAGAAGUUGCACUGAAUACAGUUUUAUUAACAGUUGACUUUCUGUCGUAUAGUGAAGGGUGGACAGAGGUGGAUUGUGUUGAAGUUGCAUGAAUCACCGGAUCGCUCUUUGCAGAUCGCGAUAUAUCAGAUCGGAUAUUUGGCGCAAGGCGUGAAGAGCGAUGGCGAUGCUGGCGACUUUUUGGAUAGUCCUGCUGGUCGCGUUAAACGCUCCAGCAGGGAACGGGCAGUCGGUGCAGACGGACCCCAGUAAGUCAGGAUUUGUGGGAGAUACGGUCGAGCUGCGAUGUGUAUUCAUCAACGGUAAGCCACCAGUGAAGAUCUCUCAGGUCACCUGGCAAAAGGUGAUAAACGGCACAAAACAAAACGUCGCCACCGCAAACCCAGACUUGGGAGUAUCAGUGUUGCCCCCUUUCAAAGACCGUGUGAGCUUCAAGCACCUGCGCCAGAGGUCCACUUCUACUCUAGAGGAUACCACUAUUGUGGUCAGCAACCUACGGCUCUCUGAUGAGGCAGCCUACAUCUGCGAGUACACCACCUUCCCAGCAGGCAACAGGGAGAAUAUGGUCAACCUCACCGUUUUUGCACGGCCAGUGACCAAGAUGACCUUGACUUCACCCACCAUCGUGGCAAGGACGCCGAGACGCAAGAUGCCCGUGGCCACUUGCAUGUCGGCUAACGGCAAGCCUCCUAGCGUCAUCAAAUGGGACACCACUCUGAAGGGCGAAGCCACGUUUCAGGAAACGCGCAAUCCGAAUGGCACCGUGACCGUGCGCAGUAACUAUAUCGUAUUGCCCAGCCGCGAGACCCAUCGUCAGAAGUUGAGCUGCAUCGUCACCUACCGCGCAGAACGCUUUAUAGAAAGCGUCAUACUCAACGUUCAGUAUGAGCCAGAGGUAAAAAUCGAGGGAUUCGACGGAAACUGGUAUCUGAAUCGUCAAGAUGUAAAGCUGACGUGCAAUGCAGAUGCAAAUCCAGCUGUCACCGUCUACCAGUGGAAACUGUUGAAUGGAUCGCUCCCCAACAAUAUUGAAAUCAAGAACAACACCCUGUUCUUCAAAGGCCCGGUGACCUAUGAGUUCGGAGGGACGUAUGUCUGCGACGCCACCAAUAGCAUCGGCACACGCUCUGGACUGGUAGAGGUCAACGUGACGGAAUUCCCUAACUCCCUGCCUUUUGAUGGCCGUGAGAUCCCACUGGAGGAGCAUAGUUCCGGUGCUGUCAUCGGUGGUGCAGUUGGUGGAGUGGCAUUGCUGGUGGCUGCCAUCGCACUGCUCGUCUUCUUCCUGCGGCGGCGUCAGCGCACCUUUAAGGGCGACUACAGCACCAAAAAGCACGUGUUCGGGAAUGGAUACAGCAAGGCCAGCGGCAUGCCCGCUCAUCCUCCGAUGACCAAGAACCUGCAGUACCCUGACGACUCGGACGAUGAAAAGAAACCUGCACAAAUCAGCGGGCCCGGCGGUUUCGAGGGCGGCGAUCGGGAUUUCGAUGGCAACUCUGAGGAUCUGAAGAGACCCUAUUUCACCGUAGACGAAGGAGAAAGUCGUGAUUACGACGAACGGACUCUCGCCUUCCAGUACGACCCUGAGCCCGAGAUCGCCGAUGACAUGGUCUCCCAGACCGACGGCUCUGUUAUUUCAAAGAAAGAGUGGUAUGUGUAGAGUGGCAUGCAACGUCAAAAAAAAAGAAAAAAAAAGAUCAACAACCUUUUGUCCUCUCUUGCAUCCGACCACACCCAUCCACCUCCAUCACUAGAACCCUCCCUCAAUGUGUUUAUCCCUAUUUGCACAUCCCACCCCUGACCCAGUAACCUCCGCCCCCAUCAGAUUCCAUCGAAAUAAACAGCUGUAGAAAAAUAGCUUGCAGCAUCAACACGUCAACAUCAUUACACAUCCACGCGCUUUUUAGAUGAACCUGCUACAACAGCGAGAGGUUUUCUCACAGACUGAUGCCAACCAACAUCCAGUAAGCCUGGACAGGCAGGUUGCUUGAAAAUAUUACAGUGUAUUAUCCUUUUUGUCUCAUUUUGUUGUUAUUAUAAAUGUAUUAAAUGUAUAAAAGAGACUGUAACCGUUUUGGAAAGGGGUACAUUGCUGAUCAUGUUGUGAAAGUCUUACACUGGAUGUAUGAUUAUUUUUUUUUUUAUUGUUUGUUUGUAUUGUUUUUAUCUCAUUAGCAUAUCACCAUUACUUUUACAUGCAUCAUAUGUUUUGUUUGUUUUUAUAUAGUCUUCUUUUUAAAUGGAGUGUUGGUUACCAGAAAAUGUGGAACAAAACAGUACAAUAAUUAUUCCCACCCACCGUGUCAUUACGAGGUCGAAGGUUGCAUUAGCACUAUUGUGUUUAAUGGAAACAUCAUAAUCCUGUGGUUCUUGUUACAAACACCGCUCCCAACUCCCUGAAUGGAGAUCCAGGGGUCCGAGAAUGUGGCAUGGCCUGGAAGUGUACAAUCCAAUGAAACAAAAAAAGCAUGUGGGUUCUGACUGCUCUCCAAAAACAGUAUUUAUUUUAAGACCCUGCUCUGCUGAGAGCUGAAGAACACAUCUGCAGUGUUAGUCAUAUGCACACUGCAGACAAGCAUGCAGAACGGGGCCUAGACAGAUAUACCGUGCCCACCUACCAUUCUCCAUGCCAGUCUUAGUAAUUCUCCAUCCACAGAUCCACCUAGGAUGUGCCAUCAUGUUAUCAUAGCGAUGCUUUCUAAAAUCCAUUUCCUCUGAAACUCUUAAGACGCAAAAGGAUAAUCCUGUAUAAUGUGGUGUUGUUAUAAAGACAGGGUGUUUGUUAUUUAGAACUGGUGAUGUGGAGUGGUCAAAAUGUUUUCAAGAUCUUGUAAAUAUGAGCAGGUUCAAUGGUAAUGUUUAGUUCCACAGGAGAUUACGACACGGGCGUGUAGCGCUUGUGUCAACCACCAUAUAGAGCCUUUUGAUGGAAGUAGUUUUUCCAAAAGUAGGUAAAAGCACAGAAAUUAAAUUACGGAAAAGUUUUGAGCCAAAGCUAAAUCAGAGGUAAAUAUGGCAGCAACUAGGCAUCACAGACAGGCUUGUUAUGUACUGCUAGGUCUCUGAAACCACAGGAUCUGCGGCAAAGCCUGGAUUCCUUUCCAAAUCCUUCCUGAUCCUCUAUAAGGAGCAGAUCUGUUGGCUACAAAUUAGUAUAUAUUUAAAUAAAUAAAACAGACAUUCAUCAAAGUCCUGACAUAGCUGUUCAACCACAAAAUGUACAAUAUUUCAAGGCCUUUUUCAAUGCAUUUGUGUCUUUUUAAAUUGCUUUUUGUUUGGUUCAGCCUUUAUCACCCUUUUUACAUCAGGGUUUGGUGUUUUUGCAAAUGGGUGGGCAGUUUUCCACUAAAUUAUUUUACUUCCAGAGACAAAUAACCUCCCUAACUGUAUCCAUAUCUAUUUCUAGACUCAAAAAAUGCUUUAGUAGAAUUUAUCAUGGCUUGUCCAUGAAAUAUUUAAUUCCCGUGCCUGCCUUAAACAAGGCUCUUUACAAGUCGAGAGAUUAGGAUGCUGAACUGCUGUAAUCACACAGACAAUCUUGGCGGACUUGAAAAUAUAGAAAACAUGAGCAGGCCCUCAUGGAAUCUGGGGGAAUUCUUUUUUUUUUUUUUUUUUUUUUUUUUAAAUUAUAAAAUGCAUUUAUGCUAGUAAAUUAAGCCAUUAUUAAAAUAACCCAAAUAAUAAGCAAACUGGAACUUGCAGCCGCAGAUUCCUUGUGGUCUGUCCCAUGAGGAAAGUCAUAGUAUGCCUACACCUAAGAUAAAAAUGAAUAAAAAUCUUGAUGGCAGACCUUAUGCACAUCUUGAUUUGACCUAAAACGGACCACAUAAGGAAUAAAUGUACAUUUGUCGCGUAGCAAACCUUGUAUUUUAGCUUAGUCAAGUCAGUGUGCAAAGUUAUACAAAUCGCAGUGCCUAUGACGUGUGAGAUUUAAGUUUUUUAUUUUGUUUUUGUUUUUUGUUUUGAUCUGAAUCAUGUACAUAUUAUUUCUGAGUUAUUGUAUGCCAUUAGUGUACAUUUGUUUGUUUGUUUUUUUUAGUUUUUUUUUUUACAGUAUUUGCAUGAUAAACAAAUUAAUCUACACAAGUCAGUGUGAUGGAAAGCGUAUCAUCUGGACUUCAAGUAUUAAUAAAGCUGUAUUUUUAUCAAGUUUUUUAAACCCUCAUGAAUACAAAUAUUAUCUCUCUGCUAUAUAUGAUGACAAGAUACAAAAGCAACCCAUCGCUGGUCUGUCAGCACUUUGUUAACCAACUCGCAACUGGAAACCUGCUACACAAUCAUGGCUAUGAUUAAAGAGACUGACACCACUUUAGCUAAAGCACAAGUUUUGUUCCAGAAGUUUAAUUAGUUGUUAAUGUUAUAUGUAAUUGUGUAUUGAUUUCAUUUCUCUUUCUCUUUAAUUCUUUUCAUUGACCCCUUGUGUUCCCAGGGUUUUGUUAAUUAAGUGUUUUUUUCUAUUUUUUGUUUUUACGUUUUCUCAAGCUAAGCACAAGUUACCCAUUUACCAAAUGGGUAUUAUGGCUUUAAAUGUCAAAUAAGAGAAUUCAAGUGACUAUAAUUAAUUUGCAUGACCCAUACCAGCUUCUUUUUUUGUUUUAAUACAGCAGUCUGUCUGCUGGGUCGGUUGAUGUUGACGCUUCUAGCAACAUUAAAUAGCCUGCAUAAGCGCAUGAGCAUACUAAGUAAAUAAUAUUUUGUCUUUUUUUUUAUUAUUAUUAUUUUCUUUUCUUUUUUUUCUUUUUUUUUGAAUAUUGCUCUAAGGAAUUUUUUUUUUCUUUUGUAUUAUUUCUUUUAUAUAUCCUCGGUUUUAGGUAGUUAUCAAGGAUUCAUUCCUGUCUCAUGUCUUUCUAACUGCCCACUUCAAAGCCUGACAUUCCACUGUAAAUAAUGUAUGUACCUUGGAAACUAGAGUUGAGUUUACUAUAUGUUAGGGGGACAGAAACAGAGGAGUUCAAGUCUGGACGUUAAAUAAAAAGCUGAACUAGAAAACAAAUUAGACAGCUCAGAUGACUGGAGAUGUAUAGCUCAUUGCCAUAAAUCUACUUCGACAUGGACUUGGGUAGAUAGGUUUUGAUAUGUUAAUGGAUUCUGUAUAGAGAUGUGGGAUUGAUGCAUUACAGUGAUUUUGUACAUAACUGCAACAAAACAAACAAACAAAACAAAAAAAAAAACAAAAAAAAAACAUAAAGAAAGAUCUUGUCUUCAUGCAGCCGUGUGAAUGUAUGUCUGCUGAGGUCGGUAAUGAUAUGAAAAAUAUACAGUAUAUAUUGUUCACAUGUGUUGACCCAGUGAAGUAAACUGUAUUUGCUUUAAAACAUUAAAUGAUUUAAAUGUUCAAA